GCUGUAUGAUUUAAAAAUAGCAUCAUCUGCUUUCCUCCCUGACAGCCUGUUCUAAUGACUUUCUCGCAAGCAACAGCAUUGUGGGGCUAGAAGCAGGAAUGCGAAGAUGGCUGCAGACCUAGGAGAACUGCUGGUCCCUUACAUGCCCACCAUCAGAGUUCCCAGAACAGGAGACAGGGUUUACAAGAGUGAAUGUUCCUUUUCCUACGAUUCUCCCGAGUCUGAUGGUGGACUGUAUGUGUGCAUGAACACAUUUCUGGGGUUUGGGAGAGAACAUGUUGAGAGACAUUAUCGCAAGACCGGACAGAGCGUUUAUAUGCACCUCAAACGCACUGUUAAAGAGAAAGCCACAGGUGCUGCAGGAGGUGCUGUGCCAAGAAGAAGAAAUGGGAAAGUAUUUCUAGAUUUAGAACUAAACUGUGAUUUUAACGGGGAUGAUUUUGAAUAUGAAGAUGAGGCCAAGCUUGUCAUAUUCCCAGACCACUUCGAGAUUCCUUUACCAAAUAUUGAGGAGUUGCCUGCACUGGUGACGAUAGCCUGCGAUGCAGUGCUCAACGCAACAUCCGCCUACAAAAAACAGGAAUCUGAUUCCUGGGAGGAGGAGAUCCAGGUGUCAAAACAUGCCCGGAGUCUCAGACAGCAGGACAACGGGGUUCGAAUCCCCCCCAGUGGCUGGAAGUGCUCCAAAUGUGAGAUGAGAGAUAAUCUAUGGCUGAACCUGACAGACGGAGCAGUGCUUUGUGGGAAGUGGUUUUUCGAUGGCAGCGGGGGCAACGGGCAUGCACUGCAGCAUUACAGGGAAACCAACUUCCCUCUGGCAGUCAAACUGGGCACAAUCACUGCAGACGGAGCGGAUGUUUACUCGUUUGAUGAAGAGGAGGCAGUGCUGGACCCACAUUUAGCAGAUCAUUUGGCACACUUUGGUAUAGAUAUGUUGCAGAUGCAAAAGAGGGAAAAUGGCCACACAGACAAUGAGGUGCGGCCACGUGUCACUGAGUGGGAGGUGAUCCAGGAGUCUGGGCUCAAACUCAAGCCUGUCUACGGGUCCGGUUACACAGGCAUCAGGAACCUGGGCAACAGCUGCUACCUGGGCACCACCAUGCAGGUCCUCUUCAGCAUCCCAGAGUUUCAGAGGGCAUAUGUUGGAAAUCUUCAGCGGAUAUUUGACUACUCCCCCCUGGACCCCACGCAGGAUUUUGCCACCCAGAUGGCGAAACUGGGUCACGGACUGCUCUCAGGCCAAUACUCCAAACCUCCAGUGAAAUCAGAACUCAUAGAACAGGUGAUGAAAGAAGAACACAAGGUAUUAGUCUGGCACCAGCAAAAGGGGAUCUCUCCACGCAUGUUUAAAGCCCUGGUCAGCAAGGGCCACCCUGAAUUCUCUUCCAGCAGACAACAAGAUGCACAUGAAUUCCUCCUGCACAUGAUCAACUUGGUUGAGAGAAACAGUGCAGGGUCAGAGAACCCCAGCGACGUGUUCCGCUUUUUGGUGGAGGAGAGGGUCCAGUGCUGUCAGUCCCGGAAAGUGCGCUACACACAGAGAGUGGACUACCUCAUGCAGCUCCCAGUCCCCAUUGAGGCUGCCACAAACAGGGAGGAGCUUAUAGCAUAUGAAGCCAAGCGGAGGGAGGCAGAGGAGCACAUGAGGACCCCUCCAGACGCAGUGAGGGCCAAGAUCCCCUUUACAGCCUGCCUGCAGGCCUUCACUGAGCCUGAGAAUGUGCCGGACUUCUGGAGCUCUGCACUGCAGGCCAAGUCUGCAGGAGUGAAGACAUCACGUUUUGCCUCGUUCCCAGAGUACUUGGUUGUGCAGAUUAAAAAGUUCACAUUUGGGGUGGAUUGGGUCCCCAAAAAAUUAGACCUCUCUAUAGAUGUGCCAGACUUCCUGGACCUGUCUCGUCUCCGUGCCACAGGACUGCAAGCAGGAGAGGAGGAACUGCCAGACCUUACGCCACCAAUUGUCAUUCCGGAGGACACAACAGACAGCUCAAUGAACAACUUCAUGGAUUCUCCAGAAAUAGACGAGUCCUCAGUGAUGCAACUGGCGGAGAUGGGCUUCCCUCUGGAGGCUUGUCGGAAGGCAGUGUACUACACCGGUAACAUGGGGCCUGAGAUGGCCUUCAACUGGAUCAUAGCCCACAUGGAGGAGCCCGACUUUGCAGAACCCUUAGCAGUGCCUUCCAUUGCCGAGACCAGCCCUUCAAGUCCCAGCCAAGCCCCCUCCCUGGACAACCAGCCCCCCGAGGAGAGUGUGGCCAUCCUCACAUCAAUGGGGUUCCCUCGACACCAGAGCAUCCAAGCCCUCAAAGCCACAAACAAUAAUCUGGAGCGGGCCCUGGACUGGAUCUUCACCCACCCUGACAGUGAGGAGGGGAGCGAAGCUGCCUCUGAUAUGGCUGACACAGAGCCAAAUGACAAUGCCUUCUCUAGUGCCAACGCCCACAGUGACUCCACGCUGUCCCCAGACCAGGAUCCCGUGGGACCUAGGAUCAAAGAUGGACCCGGACGGUACGAGCUCUUUGCCUUCAUCAGCCACAUGGGAACAUCAACUAUGUCUGGGCAUUAUGUAUGUCACAUUAAAAAAGAAGGAAGAUGGGUGAUCUACAAUGACCAUAAAGUCUGUCUAUCGGAAAGACCUCCAAAAGACUUGGGCUACAUCUACUUUUACCAUCGACUAUCGAGCAGCUAGGCCUGAGUGCCGCGCACCAACCAUCAAAAAAAAAAAUAAACCGCAGUCUUCUAACAGAGGAAGAAACAAUGAAAACAUCAACACCAGACCAGCAAAGGGGAAAAAAAACUUGUGGUCCCAGCAAGUCACUCACAGCAGCAGCAGAAAGGCAUGAAUGUGAGACUGAUCAAAGAGGGAAAAAAGUGGUUUUGUUUUUUUUUUUUUUUUUUUUUACUGAAAUGUUAUUUGUCAAAGGUAGAGGUAAAGAGGAGAUGUGUGCAAUUUUAGUUGCUGAAAUCAGGAGCAUAAUAUAAAUAAUAAUACAUGUCAGAUUUUAACAUUUUAUGUUCUAUGCCUUCAGCUCUCGUUUCAGUGUUAAAUACUAGAGCCUUAAUUUUAUCCCUUAUGGGAUAUGCUGAGGAGAGUGCAUACCAUGGCCAGCUGCAUAAUGCUCUGAACUGGAGCAAAUCAUAUGUACCACCUAGUCACUGGGAACAUGUUGCCAGAUCCAAAGAGUCUAUGCGAAGCCUAUUGCCACGGUAAUGCUUUGACUAAGAGAUAGUGCUGAGGGACAAUAAUGCAUUUGAAUGCCCUGCAUUGGGCAAUGUGUGUGGAUGAACACUGUUCAUCUGUAGGGAACGCUGGACACUUGGGUCAAUAAGCACCUCGGCAUUGCUUUGACUGGUAUAUGUGAAAUGAGGCAUAUAGCUUUAGGCAGGGCGUAGACUGAAAUGGGCUGUGUGCUCAUGAGGGUGUCUGACAUCCUUAGUCAAGGAUGCAGUCCUCGCAGCCAAAUGGGAAAGAUGGAUGAGGAAAUGAGAUGGCUGAGUGAACAGAUUCCUUUUGGCCAGUGUGGCCACUUGGAUUAGCUGAUGGCUGUCCAGCUUGGAAGGCCAGUUUAAAUAAGGAAAGAAGAGAUGCUCUGCUCCAGUCUUAGGAUGGAUACCCCAUAGCAAUUGUUUUGCUGGCAUUACAUUAUUACAUUUUACAAAGCACUUUUAUUUCAACAGAAGUGUAUUCUUUUGUUUGAUCUCUAAAUCGGGAUUGCACACAUUACCUUGACCCUUGUCCCUGUUUAUGUUUCAAAUGAAUGUUUCUUGUUUCUUUUGAAUGUGGCAAAAGCCUGUGAAAGAAUGUAGUGUUGUAAACCAAAUGGUGUUUACUUGCAUUUUCAAAUAUCAUUCAGAUUUUUUCAAAAAGUUUGAAGAAUAGCCUGUUUCAUAACAAAAAUGUAUGAUAUGCACAGUAUGCACAAACAUAUGGCCUACAAAUAACACAAGUUUAUUUAAUUGUUGUGGUAUUACAUUUAUGUUUGAAACUCUUCUCAAAUGAGGAGGCACCUAGAAGCGCACUGUACCUUCUGGGAAUAUAGCUAAUAAUGCUAAAUUAGCAUAAAACGUGUUCAUAGUACACGUUCAUAACACAUCAAUACUGUGAGAACAAAUUUUGUCAGCCUUUCAUGCUAGAUUCAGUAAUUUUAUUUAAAAAUUACACCCAAUAUAUCCAAAGAACACGAAAAGUACAGCCUUGUCCUCAGACAAAGAAUAAAUUCACUAAAGCCUGGUAUUUACAAGUGGACAUUGUGCUAAUGUGGUGGAACAGGCUUGAAACCAGAGGGCUUCUCUGUAAAUAAGGCAGUCCGAGUGGUGACAAACAAUUACCCCACCAUCUUUUUCAGUCUCUAAGACUUGUCUUAACAGCAUCUAUUUUACAUGGUGACAGUGUCCCCUUACAAGCCCCUGAAACCGAAUGUAUUUGCCAUACAAUUAAGAACUUGAUAUAUUGCUUUUGUUGUUAAAUAUUAUAGCAAUAUGCCAUGAAGACUGGAUGAGAUUUUGUCCUCUUAAAAAAUAUGCAGUUCAUUUUUUAAACUGGUUUUAUUUACAGUUCAGAAUGAAUCUGUGAGAUAAAUGGAAUGUAUGCUUAAAAGUGCUCAUUGUUACCAAACACUCUACAGAUACCACUCUCGGAUUUACCAUACCAUGAUCCAUACUAUGCUCAAGAACAAACUUUGUGGCCUCACAAACACAUUUCACGUGUUUCUUAAAAGAAGGCAGAAUAUCAUUAUUAUUCUCUGUCUUAUUCUCAGUUAAAAUGUAGCUGCUGUGUCUAUGAUAUCAUGCAUUUUUAAAUCCACAGGUGCAGUAUGAAGUGUUGAUGUAAUGUGGACUGCAGAGUCUACAGUGUAAAUGAAUGGGGUUCUGAGCUCUGUUGUGUUGACUAGUGUAAGAAUGUUUUGAUAUUGAAAACUUGAAUCUUCCCUGCUUGUUCAAACCAUUUUGGAACAUCCAUAUGGUACUAUAGUGUAAUUCACAUCUCUCUCCUGAUGUGUUGAACGAAGCACACUCCCUUUAUUUUCCUUCAAACCAAAUCAGUGUUGGUCACAUUUCUUGGUGACUACUUGCUCUGUAUGCUGUCUAUGCAUUUCAAUGAUGAUUACUGUGGUUUCUAUGCAACUCGUCUUCUGCUCUCUGUACCUGGACUGAAAUGACUCAUCUUUCUUUAGUCUUCUCUUGUCUUCUUUCUUGCUGUUCUCACUGUCUGGGUUUCAUCUUGCAUUUUUGCUUUGUUAGUAGCAGCACUGAUUGAUCUGGGGGGUGUUGUAUGCCAUGCCUUUUGUCAGCUUGAUCUCCCACUCUUUCUUUCCCACCAUCUAUAUUCUAUAUCUUCAGUACCUUUGUGUUACUUUGCAUCUUCCUUUGUGCAUCCGCAUGUACACUAAAAGUUGACAUUUGGUCCUUAAAUUUGUACAAUGGAACUUUUAUUUUUUCCAACGAACUGAGAAAAAUGGUACUUCACCUGUUUGUAUUUUAUUUAGUCUUUUGCAAACAAUAUUGUGCCAAUCUUGUAGUUUGUCCUUACGUACAGUUUCCCUAGAGCAGCUAUUUAUAGCCAGUUUUUUUACCAACUUCAUGCUGCCUCUGCAAAACUCAAAUGUAUGUAAAGUAUCUUUCUGUCCCAGUGUUGCUCUGAACUGUAUACUGUUAUCAGUGGCAAUGCUCGCACUAUUUUCUUGGUAAGGUUAUUCUUUCGGUAAGGGGGUGUAUGUGGAAACCUCCAUAGUACAAAUAAAUCCACUGG